ACUUGCAAGAGGUGCCCCGGACCGCCGUGCGGGGCUCCCUCCGGGGCCGCCCCAUCCACUGUCCUUGGGAGCUAGGGGAGGCCAGGGCAGUCAGGGGCAGCCAUGACGGAGGCCGAGGUCGGAGCCGAGGACCUGGACACCCUUCUCGAUGAACUGGACUAUCUGCCCGGCCACUUCCACCUGGAGAUGCAGCUCAACUUCGAGCCGCGCUCACCCGCUCAGCUGCGCGCCCGGGACCUGAAGCUCCAGCGAGAGGGUCUGCGGCAGGAGCUGGAGCUGGUGGCCACCCCGCAGCUGCCUGCCGUGCGUCACCUCUUGGGAACCUUUUCCUUCUACCUGGAGGAGCUGGGUGAUGCCCGCGAGCAUUUCCUGGAAGUGGCCCGCAAAGACCCUGGCAACCUCAACGCCUGGGCCAAUCUGGCACACGUCUACGGGCAGCUGGGCCAGGAAGAAGAGGAGGAGGCGUCCGCCGGGCGACUGGCCAGCCUCAUGGGCCUGGAAGGGGACCCCGAGGAUGCUGGAGACCCCAGGCUCCGCGCUGCCCGCUGCCUGGCGGAGCAGGGAUAUGCGCAUGGCUUCGACGUGGGCUGUGCCAGUCCAGAGGAGCGCGCGCAGGUGCUGGAGGCGGGCAUCGCCCUCUACGACAAAGCGCUGGGCUAUGGUCAGCAGAUCCCGAUAGAAGAGAAAAGGAGCUGGUACUUCACCAUGGCAACACUCUUUAUCAGGCUGGAUGGCAUCUUUCUGGAGAUGGGCAGUGAGGAGCAGAAGAGGCUGCCAGCCUUCAACCGUACUCUGGCCUUGCUCGGAGAGGUCCUCAAGUCCUCAGACUCCCGACACCAAGCUCUGGCCUGGUGCUAUGUCGGCAUGCUGCUGGAGAGAAAAGACACCUUCUCUACCACCCCUAUGGGUGUCCAUGAAUACGGGUACUCGGGCACAGAGCCCCUGGACUGCUUUGGCAAGGCCAUUGAGAUCGCCAAGAACCAACCUCCCAUUCUGAAUCGCCUGGCCAAAAUCUUCCACUUCUUGGGAAAGCAGGACAUGGCCGUAGGAACCUGCAACAUGGUCCUGGCGGUGCUUACAGACCCAGAGCUCAACUGGCAGGCAUACUGCACCAGGGCCAAGGUCCGAAUCAGAGCCUAUGUCCAUGACUUGGAACGAGCCAAGGUGGGGCUCGGGGGUUUGCCUGACAGGAACCACCUGGCCUGUGCCAAAGCUGACCUUGAGGAAGUGGUCAAGGUGUGCCCAAGCCUCAGGACCUACCUAGAUAUCAGUCAGGUUUACUACUACAUGGGUGUGGAUGCCAUGCGGGAGCUGCUGGCAGUGGAUGAAGCUGCGCUCAACCAGGCUCUGGUCUUCCUGGCGAAGGCCGGUGAGUUGGAGCUAGGUGACACGCUGCCCGAACUGCAACUGCUGCGCGGCAAAUGCCUACGUGUCCAGGGUGAGGAUGCCAACGCUGCGGCCUGCUUCAAGCGUGCCGUAGAGCUGGACGACGAGGGAUCCAGCCAUACCGAGGGCUUCGGCUGCCUGCUCGAGGCAUUGCUGGCCCAGUGGAGCCAGGCGCAGCUGAGCGAUGGUGAGGUGGGGUACGAGGUGGACGUCUGGCUGCGCCAUGCCCAGGGCAAGUAUCCGGCAGCACGCCUGCGCCAGGAGCUGCAGCGUGUGUGGCGUGGCCAUACGGAAGAGGUCCUGGGUCUGGCCCGGGCCUUAGUAGCCCAGGGACGGCCAGCACUGGUGCGGCUGCUCUUUGAGACCAUGGAGCAUGAGGGUGAGGAUGCUGGAGGGUCAGGCAAAAGUCGAGUAUCCUCCUGAGUCAGGGGCUGAUACCCUAUGGAGGCACCAUCCCGAAGAGGUCCAAGCCAGAUGACUGGAUCUAGUCACAGCACCCAAGACAGGCCACCAGGAAGGGUGAGCAGGGCCAGAAUGUUCUCUGCCCUGGGGCUAUAGUUAAUAGAAGGCUUUCAUAGCAAGCAUGAGGGCCUGGAUUCGUUUCCCACACGGGAGUUGGGGUGGGGGAAAUCAAAGCAGACGCCCGCCCCCUCCCGCCACCCUCGGAUAUUGUGAAUGGGUAUUUUGAAACGUUUUAUCAAUUUAAAAUACCCAUAGGGCGGAAAGUGAGCACUUACAGGGGAUUCUGCAGAGCAAAGGAGUCUGGGAGCAGGCGUGAGAGGCCGCUGGGAAACUGCCUGCUUGAGGGAAAGAGUUUUACAAACACACAGAAAAUAGGAUGCCUCAAGGCUCCUCACAGAAAAGAUAGCUGUCUCAGAAGUAACUUUCUAUCCCUGAUGCCUGAGUGACUACCACUGGCUUCCCAAGGGCCACACGGAGAGUUUAGCUAAGUGGAUCUCAAGUCCUGCAGCCAGAAAAGCGAGGCUAAUCCAUGCCAAGGUGGCACUGUGCCGGGGUGCAGGCAGGGGCCUGACGUAAACCUAGGUGCUCAGAGCAGGUCCUACCUCUCUAUCCGCUUCCAGCAGGCCCCUGCUUUGGUCAGCCUUCUUGGAAGACUUCCCAAAGUCCUUGAAAUAAAACUCAUUAGAAACA